CCGGUUUCCGGCCGAGUCGCUGCAGCGGCGGACCGGAUAUGUGUCCAGGCGGAGGUGCGCGGCGGUGACGGACCGGGACGCUGAAGGUGGAGGGGGAUCGCGGACGGGGCGAGGAGGGAGCGGUCGGUUAUUCUGAGUGAGGGGCCGUGUAGGCGUUCCUGAUUAACCAUGAGUGUGAUCAACUACCUGAAGACUCACUUCAUAGUGCACCUUCUAUUGGGAUUUGUGUUUGUUGUCAGUGGCUUAUGCAUCAACUUUAUCCAGCUCUGCACUCUGCCCAUCUGGUUAUUCAGCAAACAACUGUACAGGCACCUCAACUGCUUCCUCGCCUACUCUCUGUGGAGCCAACUGGUCCUGCUGCUAGAAUGGUGGUCCGGUACGGAAUGCACGCUGUUCACUGACCAGGCCACUGUGGACAAGUUUGGCAAGGAGCAUGUCAUUGUCAUCUUAAAUCACAAUUAUGAAAUUGACUUCCUGUGUGGUUGGACCAUGUGUGAGAGAUACGGCGUUCUGGGGAGUUCCAAAGUUUUGGCCAAACAGGAGCUACUGUACGUCCCUCUGAUCGGAUGGACGUGGUACUUCCUGGAGAUAGUUUUCUGUAAGCGCCGCUGGGAUGAGGACCGAGACACCGUCACGAGUGGGCUUCAGGCACUGCGGGACUACCCACAGUACAUGUGGUUCCUGCUGUACUGUGAGGGCACUCGGUUUACCGAGAAGAAACAUCGGAUCAGUAUGGAGGUGGCUGAGUCAAAGGGCUUGCCGAAGUUGAAGCAUCACUUGUUACCCAGGACCAAAGGGUUCACCACCACAGUGGAGUAUCUCAGGGGAACCGUUACUGCUGUGUAUGACGUGACGUUAAACUUCCGAGACAGGGAGAAUCCAACACUACUUGGGAUACUGCAUGGGAAGCAGUACCACGCAGACAUGUGUGUCAGGCGGUUUCCUCUGGAAGAGAUUCCCGAAGACGAGAAGGAGUGUGCUGCGUGGCUGCACAGACUGUACCAGGAAAAGGACGCUCUGCAGGAGCAAUACAACAAGGAAGGCACGUUCCCCGGACAACGGAUUCAGCCCCACCGCCGGCCGUGGCCCUUCCUUAACUGGCUCUUCUGGGUGGUGGUGCUGCUGACGCCGCUCUUCAGCUUCACAGUCGGAGUGUUUGUCAGUGGGUCCCCGGUCCUGAUCUGCUCGUUCCUGCUGCUUGUCGGUGCAGCCUCAUUUUGUGUGCGACGGCUGAUCGGAGUGACGGAGAUCGGAAAAGGUUCAAGCUAUGGAAACCAGGAAUUCAAGAAGGCAAUAUAGAGACAUUAACAGACACCUAUUUACCGAGAUAACUCUGUGACUCUGGGAAUGUUCCACUCUCCUCCACCUACAGUAACUAACUAGCAACAGGGGCCAAGAACCAGCUAUUCCACGGUCUGCCGAUGGACAGUGACCACCCAGUCCACUCUCAGCCCACCAUCCCUACACCCCAACAAACCCAGGCUCGUCCAUCCCCUCACCACACUUAUGCUGGUGUUCACCUCUUCCUCCUCACUUUCCCAGUGUCAAUCAGCUCUGUACCCCUACCUCCGCAUACUGGCAACUGGGGUUAACCAAAGGCUGAGCUCAAAGACUAGCUUGUAGUGUCUCUGCCUAUGAGUGCAGCAGGAAAUCCAUCCCUCCCCUUCCUCUUCCCCUCCUCCCACCCAUGAGUGCAGCAGGAAAUCCAUCCCUCCCCUUCCUCUUCCCCUCCUCCCACCCAUGAGUGCAGCAGGAAAUCCAUCCCUCCCCUUCCUCUUCCCCUCCUCCCACCCAUGAGUGCAGCAGGAAAUCCAUCCCUCCCCUUCCUCUUCCCCUCCUCCCACCCAUGAGUGCAGCAGGAAAUCCAUCCCUCCCCUUCCUCUUCCCCUCCUCCCACCCAUGAGUGCAGCAGGAAAUCCAUCCCUCCCCUUCCUCUUCCCCUCCUCCCACCCAUUAGUGCAGCAGGAAAUCCAUCCCUCCCCUUCCUCUCACCCAUUAGUGCAGCAAGGAAUCCCUCUCUUUCAGUAUUUCCCUUUUUGCUCCUUUCAUUUUCUUUCUUAUCCUCUCUCUUUCAUGCCUUUCCUCACCCCUUCUCUUUCCCUUUCUUUGUCUUUCUCUCAAAUUGGCUCCUCCCCUCCCCUCUCUUGCUGUUUUUCCCUCUCUCCAAGUCUCUUUAUCAGUCCAUCUAUCUUCCCUCUUUGUGAUAUCUCCUCCCUCUCCACCUCUUUCAAACUCCUCUCUAUCUAUCCAUCUAUCUUCAACCCCCUCCUCUCUAUAUAUCUUUUUUUGUCUUCAAACCCACCCCCCCCAAUCUCUCCCUGUCCUUUUCUCAAUCCCCCCUCUCCAUUCCUCUCCCCAUCCUUCCUUCUACAGUUUACCUGUUCUAGUUCUAAGAUUCUUCCUGGAUUCGUGCUCAGAUCUGAGGUGUAUGUAUUGGUUAAAUCAUUUAACUAUCUUUGGUCUGACCCAAAAUGAUGAUAGAAUUGUAUUUGUGGGUGUUAGGCUGGCUUUAUCACACACAAACACCUUGGUUCUAGCCAGUUACUGUGUGUGUGUGUGUGUGUGUGUCUGUCUGCGUGACCGUCCCUGCUACAGGUCAGUGUGUGUGACUGUCCCUGGUGGUCCUUCCAACCUGUCUAGGGCCAGCGCAGUCUGGGCAAACUUGCCUGACGCAAUAAAAUCCACGUCAACCUUCUGACUGCGAGUGAUAUUACAGCAAACAUGGUGAACGUUCGCCUGUUGACAGCACACUGUUAACAGUGUACUGAAGACAUGGUUUUCAGUGGUUCAUCUUGCGUUGCAGUGUUAAGUCCUUUGGAAACCCCGUAACUUGAAAUCUCCCCACUGACCCACCCAGCAGCAAGCAGGUGUAGCCUCCACCUAAAGGAGAUUUGGUUGUAGGGACAGCAGAGUUCAUUAUUAAUUUAUCCCCAUCCCUGUAACCAACAGACAGAGCAGUGCCAGGGAGGUUCACACAGUGCCCACUCCCACACCCACUUUCCUGUUGCUCAGUUCCAGCAGGAGCACUCUGAGAAUGGUCAACACUACUUUCUGCUGGGAAUGUUGUGUGGAUCUCCCUGUUUCUGCCUCACCUGUCCUGCCACUGGUUUGCAAGUGAAGGCGCCACGGAUCCCAGCUCCCAGCUGCUGCACUUGUUACCUCUCCCAUCCCUCCGCCCCUGAGAGUACUGAUACUGAUACCCCACAAUGAGAGUCUGUUGCUCUCCUCCUCUACCCACUAGUCCCUUCCCUGGACCAAACCAUCGCACUCUUCCCUCCCCACAUCCAAACGUGACUGUGUUCUCUCCCUAGCCCCUUCCCUCCUUCCUUUCUUGUCAGCACACUGACCACAUCCUCACUUAAACACGGGGUAAUUUUUAGAAGGAGCCAGUUCAAAAUAAAACGUCCAGUGUUUGAUUGAUCACCGGGGGAGUAGGGAGCGAAUCCACAGGAGGAGCAAUGCUGGUUGAGGGAGCGAAGCCACCCAUGCUUUUCUUGUAAACAGCUCAUGGUGAUUUAGUGAAAGAUACUGGACUGAGAAUGGGGUAUGGACACCCUCAGUCAGACCAGAGUGACAGAGAAGAGAAUAGGAACAUUCCCCAUUAGAAACUGAGCCUACGCAGAGGGGGCUUCACUCUGUAUCUGACUGUCCCUGCCCUGGGAGUUUGUGAUGGGACAGUGUAGAGGGAGCUUCAUUCUGUAUCUAACUGUCCCUGCCCUGGGAGUGUGUGAUGAGACAGUGUAGAGGGAGUUUCACUCUGUAUCUAACUGUCCCUGCCCUGGGAGUGUGUGAUGGGACAGUGUAGAGGGAGUUUCACUCUGUAUCUAACUGUUCCUGCUCCCAUACAGAAUAUGAUCUACUUCUAGAGCCUUUAAUGACGAAAUAUUUAUUCUGCACUGACAUCCCUCCCCUCUGUAAUCAAAUAAUUCACUGAAAGCAUUGACAUGAUUGUUUUUAUAAUAUGUUAGUUCAUUUCAAUAAAGGAGUACAAUAACCGGUAAACUUGGGCUGUGGGUAGAUCCAUGCAGACAGGUGACAGGUUUCCAAUCCUUUGGGUUGAGAGAGAUGUCUGUUCCACCCAGCACUGCAUCAGGGUUGGUAUCACUCAAGGUGAAGUGCUCUUUAUUGCCCUCACCCACCCCAGUACAUCUGGGUUGCAUGCCCCUCUGCAGGUAAGGUGGGCCCACUCUGCCUGAGGUGAAGACACAGGAGCAGAAUUAGGCCAUUUGGUGCAUCAAGUCUGCUCCGCCAUUCCAUCAUGGCUGAUUCUCCUACCUGCUUCCUAUAACCAUUGACACCCUGACUUAUCAUGAACCUCUGCUUUAAAUGUAUCCAAUGAUUUAGCCUCUACGACCAUCUGUGGCAAUGAAUUCCACAGAUUCACCACCCUCUGGCUAAAGAAAUUUCUCCUCAUGUCUGUUCUAAAUGGAUGCCUGUUUGUUCUGAGGCUGUGCCCUCUAGUCCUAGACCUCCCCUUUGUAGGAAACAUCUUGUCCACAUCCACUCUAUCUUGACCUUUCAAUAUUCAGCAGGUUUACCACGAGUUUCCCCUUCAUUCUUCUGAACUCUAGCGAGUACAGGCCCAGAGUCAUCAAAUGCUCCUCUUACCAUUGUAAAUACUUUAGGGCUGUGCUGAUUUGUAUGUUCUGGGCUUUGGGGCUGUAGAUGGGGGCUGAGCUGUUGUAUGGCAAGACAUGGCAAUACCUUUCCGGUCUUCCACUACUGAUCCCCGCUUCUCCCCAUCUCUGCAUGUCCGACGGUAUCAUGCACUUAACACAAAGACUUCAGGGAAUGCCGCACUGUCAGCGGAUAAACCGUGCCGCGGUUCCCAGGACCGUGGGCACCUGUCGCGUCCAUCCUGCAUUUCAGAAUAAAGGAAUAAAUUAUUUCACUCUU